AUGAGAAAUACUGAUGAUCGGCGCUCGCAAUCACCCGCGACCCGGCGAAAUGGCGCGUUGCAGUCCUGCGAGCCUUGUCGUCGGUCAAAGCAGCGAUGCGACCAUGAGCGACCCGUCUGUCACCGAUGCGCGUCUAAGCGGAUGAGCGACAAAUGUUUCUAUCAUCCAGCCCCAAUGACCAGACGGAGAUCUUUACAAAAUAUCAGGCCAACGGUAAUAUCCUCCAACAAAUCUAGUGCCUCAAGCCCGGGAUCCUUGGGAAGUGGUCGCAUUUUUGCUUCGUUAGAGGCUCAAUCUGCUCUUCCUGGCUACCUGGGAUCCACAAGCUACACUGCGAUUCUGACGGAGCAUCGCAAUGAAAUUCCCUUUGAACCGGAAGAGAGUUCGGAUUCAUAUCCUGUCCUGUCAGUGGAGCCCGAGCGAGCCCGGUCCGGGGCAGACGUUUUGCUGUUCCUUUAUAACCUCAGUUCCCGGCGAGCGUUGGUUGAGAAAUGGUAUAGUCGGUCGUGGAAUGCGGUCAUUCCUAGUAUAGUAUUGGAUGCUAUGCUUGAUUCGGUUCAAGAGAUCUUUGAUGGGCUCAAUCCUAGCAAUCUUAUGCCUGAGCUGCAGAACUUGGCCACGCAGAUAUUCCAGAACUCAUCACGCGCAAUGAAAGCAUAUCCGUCGAUGACCGUUAAAGAUUACUGUGCCUCGUUUACUGGCCGGAAUAUUCGGUGGGAGGCUCUGGGGAAUAUUUUUUCUGUGUGCGGUCAACAGCUCAUGAUCACACCGGAGAAUGAUCCCGAGGUCUCUCAGGGCAUUGAGGACCCGCAGGUCAAGGAACGGCUGCUGGAACAGUUGAUAGGAGCCAGUACCGUUUGCCUUGGUUUCUGUGACCAGGCUUCUUCGGCGAAUGAGCUGCUUGCUUAUCUGCAAUAUAACGAUGUCAUGCUUCGAACGCAGCAAUAUGGAGACUCGAGUUAUGAAGCAUGGCGUCGAUUAGGUGACUUGGUCGCUACGAUCUAUGCCGCAGGUAUCCAUCUUGAUACCGAUAGUGCCGAAAACUAUCCCUUUUUUCUCCGCCAAUGGCGAAGAGGCUGUUUCAUCUCAGGUUUCUAUAUAGACAAGAUGAUGGCCACAUUUGUCGGUCGGCCACCUCUAAUGAACUAUCGAUAUUGCACUUUGACUCCCCCGCUAGAUCUGAGCGACGACGUUCUUAUUGCAGGGGGAGACGCUCUUGACAAAGCAGUGUCAGAGCUUGACAGUAACGGCUGGAAUACGCAAGGAGCUCGGCAUAGAAUGUCACCCUCACGGCUCCGUUUCCAUCUGGCUGUUGCGAGAGAAAAAACCCUUGAUAUCGCGUUAGGGAAUCCUGAUAUUCACGACCUGGUCCGCAGAACAAAUGAAAUCGAAGAAGAUGUACGCAAAAUAUGGCAUGCAACCCCCGAUCAUCUUCGAUACGAUCGCCAAUCCAAUGAUGAAUUUCAUCAUGGAUGGUUGACAAUCGUUUAUAUUUACCUAAGCUAUCUAUAUACCUGCUUCCUUCUCCAACGGGCUCUGAUAAAGCACACAAACACUGGGCAAGCCGCUCUCUGUGAUGUUUCCCGCCGAGUCCUCGCAAUUGUCGUUACCAUCACUUCUCAGCGAAGUCCCAUGAUGGACUUUGCAGCGCAUUAUUCCUGGAUUGCCCUCACUUACGGUCUUCCAAGUGCCAGCGUGCUUCUUGUCGAGCUCCUACACCAGUCUCACGAACCUGGCCCUCAUAACGUGGCAUUGCCGCGCGCUGAAAUAAUUCGCAAUAUUAGCGUUUUCAUCUCGUUGUUGUCAUGGGUAUCGAAACCUGGCCAUGGGAACUACCAUACCUGCAAAGAAGCGGAGAAGAAGCUUUCUCGCAUCUUGGACCAAUUACUGGAUCCACAGCCAGUGCAAGCGGAUAUGGUGCACGAUGUUACUUCUGGCCUUUCUAGCUUUCUGGACUGGUCAAAUUAUAACGCCUGGGAUUUUACUGAGUACUUUCCCGGCGCUGGCGGAUUCGCACCAUAG